GGGGCCCAGCCUCAGCCGCGUGCCGCCUCCGACUUGGCAGCCCUCAGCCUUCCCCUCCGGCCACUCUGCGCCGCGGGCCCAGUUUUCCUCUUCGUGGCUCCUCCACUUUGCAGUUAAUUCCCCGGGACCCUUCGUCACAGCUGGGUGCCUUCACGCCCUCCUCAGCCCUUUUGAGUCUCCAGGAUGGCUCAACAGCAGGCCUUGAGGUUCCGAGGCCCGGCUCCCCCACCAAAUGCAGUCAUGCGCGGCCCACCACCUCUCAUGAGACCUCCUCCACCUUUUGGCAUGAUGCGAGGUCCUCCUCCACCACCUCGGCCCCCCUUUGGACGUCCUCCUUUUGAUCCUAAUAUGCCACCAAUGCCUCCUCCAGGAGGGAUUCCUCCACCUAUGGGCCCUCCACACCUCCAGAGACCACCUUUCAUGCCUCCACCAAUGGGAACCAUGCCUCCUCCUCCGGGUAUGAUGUUUCCACCAGGAAUGCCUCCAGUGACUGCUCCUGGUACUCCAGCACUGCCUCCUACUGAGGAAAUAUGGGUUGAAAAUAAAACUCCAGAUGGGAAGGUUUAUUAUUAUAAUGCUCGGACACGUGAAUCUGCAUGGACCAAGCCAGAUGGAGUUAAAGUUAUUCAGCAGUCAGAACUGACACCUAUGCUUGCAGCCCAGGCACAGGUUCAGGCCCAGGCCCAGGCGCAGGCCCAGGCCCAGGCGCAGGCGCAGGCCCAGGCGCAGGCCCAGGCGCAGGCGCAGGCCCAGGCCCAGGCCCAGGCCCAGGCCCAGGCCCAGGCCCAGGCCCAGGCGCAGGCGCAGGCCCAGGCGCAGGCGCAGGCCCAGGCCCAGGCGCAGGCCCAGGCCCAGGCCCAGGCCCAGGCCCAGGCUCAGGCCCAGGCCCAAGUCCAGGCCCAGGUCCAGGCCCAAGUCCAGGCCCAAGUGCAAGCACAAGCAGUAGGAACUUCCACCCCUACAACAAGUAGCCCAACGUCUGCAGUAUCCACUUCAACAUCAUCAUCUACCCCAUCCUCUUCCACUUCUACCACGACAACGGCCACUUCGGUUUCGCAGACAGUAUCAACACCCACAACACAAGAUCAGACCCCAAGUUCUGCUGUUUCAGUUGCCACGCCUACAGUUAGUGUUUCAACUCCUGCUCCUACAGCCACACCUGUGCAAACUGUUCCCCAGCCGCACCCCCAGACGUUACCUCCUGCUGUUCCUCAUUCGGUACCUCAACCAGCGGCAGCAAUACCUGCUUUUCCGCCAGUAAUGGUACCUCCGUUUCGUGUUCCCCUUCCUGGCAUGCCAAUUCCACUUCCAGGUGUAGCAAUGAUGCAAAUAGUCAGCUGCCCGUAUGUAAAGACAGUCGCUACCACCAAGACCGGUGUGUUGCCAGGAAUGGCCCCUCCUAUUGUACCCAUGAUACAUCCCCAAGUUGCUAUUGCUGCUUCCCCUGCUACCUUAGCUGGAGCAACAGCAGUUUCUGAGUGGACUGAAUAUAAAACAGCAGAUGGGAAGACAUACUAUUAUAAUAAUAGAACAUUAGAAUCAACCUGGGAAAAACCCCAAGAACUAAAGGAAAAAGAAAAAUUAGAAGAGAAGAUUAAAGAACCAAUUAAAGAACCCUCUGAAGAACCACUGCCAAUGGAGACAGAAGAGGAGGAUCUUAAAGAAGAGCCUAUAAAAGAGAUAAAGGAGGAGCCCAAAGAAGAGGAGAUGACUGAAGAAGAAAAGGCUGCCCAGAAGGCAAAGCCAGUAGCUACUACACCUAUUCCCGGUACUCCUUGGUGUGUUGUUUGGACUGGUGAUGAGCGUGUCUUCUUUUAUAAUCCCACCACUCGUCUUUCUAUGUGGGACCGACCUGAUGAUCUGAUUGGAAGGGCAGAUGUUGACAAAAUUAUUCAGGAACCCCCUCAUAAAAAAGGAAUGGAAGAAGGAAAGAAACUAAGGCACCCGACACCAACAAUGCUGUCCAUCCAAAAGUGGCAGUUCUCUAUGAGUGCAAUUAAAGAAGAACAAGAACUAAUGGAAGAAAUUAAUGAAGAUGAGCCUGUUAAAGCAAAAAAACGGAAGAGAAUGUCAAAGAAGUCCUUUAUGUGGAUUGCCCGAGCUUCUCUAUUUAGGAGAGAUGAUAAUAAAGACAUUGAUUCAGAGAAAGAAGCUGCCAUGGAAGCUGAAAUUAAAGCUGCCCGAGAAAGGGCCAUUGUCCCUCUGGAGGCCCGAAUGAAGCAGUUCAAGGACAUGCUGCUAGAGAGAGGGGUGUCUGCUUUUUCAACAUGGGAGAAGGAGUUGCACAAGAUAGUUUUUGAUCCUCGGUACUUACUUCUCAAUCCUAAAGAGAGAAAACAGGUGUUUGAUCAGUAUGUAAAGACCAGGGCAGAGGAAGAACGGAGAGAAAAGAAAAACAAAAUAAUGCAAGCCAAGGAAGAUUUCAAAAAAAUGAUGGAAGAAGCCAAGUUUAAUCCAAGAGCUACUUUUAGCGAAUUUGCAGCCAAGCAUGCUAAAGAUUCAAGAUUCAAAGCAAUUGAAAAGAUGAAAGAUCGAGAAGCCUUGUUUAAUGAAUUUGUGGCAGCUGCAAGGAAGAAGGAGAAAGAAGAUUCGAAGACCAGAGGUGAGAAGAUUAAAUCGGACUUCUUUGAACUGUUAUCUAAUCAUCACUUGGACAGUCAGUCUCGAUGGAGCAAAGUAAAAGACAAAGUAGAAAGUGAUCCACGUUACAAAGCAGUGGAUAGUUCAUCAAUGAGAGAAGACCUCUUCAAGCAGUACAUUGAAAAAAUAGCCAAGAAUUUAGACUCGGAGAAAGAAAAAGAGCUUGAAAGGCAAGCCCGCAUUGAGGCAAGCCUUCGAGAACGAGAAAGAGAGGUCCAAAAAGCUCGCUCAGAACAAACAAAAGAAAUAGAUCGAGAGAGAGAGCAACACAAAAGAGAAGAAGCUAUUCAGAAUUUCAAGGCUCUUCUGUCUGACAUGGUACGUUCUUCAGAUGUGUCAUGGUCCGAUACUCGGAGGACUCUCCGAAAAGAUCACCGCUGGGAAUCUGGAUCUUUAUUGGAAAGAGAGGAGAAAGAGAAGCUUUUUAAUGAGCACAUCGAAGCACUCACCAAAAAGAAGAGGGAGCAUUUUAGGCAACUUCUGGAUGAAACUUCUGCGAUUACCUUAACGUCCACUUGGAAAGAAGUUAAGAAAAUCAUUAAGGAAGAUCCCCGGUGCAUUAAGUUCUCCUCCAGUGACAGGAAAAAACAAAGGGAGUUUGAAGAAUACAUCAGAGACAAAUACAUCACCGCCAAAGCUGACUUCAGGACGCUUUUGAAAGAGACCAAAUUUAUAACAUACAGAUCUAAAAAGCUAAUCCAAGAAUCUGAUCAGCACCUGAAAGAUGUAGAAAAAAUUUUGCAGAACGACAAACGGUAUUUAGUGCUGGACUGUGUGCCAGAGGAGAGACGUAAACUGAUUGUGGCAUAUGUUGAUGACCUGGAUCGCCGGGGUCCGCCCCCACCCCCCACAGCCUCAGAGCCCACAAGACGAUCAACAAAAUAAUUCUGAAUACUCUUCCACAGGGGUAUCUGUUAAUUCAAAACGCUUGCAUGAGCCAAUUUCAGAUUUUUACGUAUAUGUACAUUAGUCAACCUGUUGCAAAACCAUCUGACGAACAGAAGGAGAAGCAUUUGUGAACAGUGUCUGAACAGAGAACACUUUGGAAAUAUUUAUGCUUUUCUUUGUGUGGCAUGACUGACAUACAUACUCAAAUAUAGGCUGUCUCUAGUAAAUCUAAACUCUUGAAGCUAAAAAUCAUCCUUUUAUGAGGUGUGGAAGUCAGUGACUUGGUGACGUUCCUUCUAGCAGUGUUAAUACAUGCAAGAUGUAAAGGCAUUUGUGGUUUGAACUUGAAAGAUACAAAUACCACAGACUCCAAGAAAACCUUAGCUGAGUUUUUUUUCCCCUCCUUUUUUGUUUUUUAAAGCGGGUAAAAGGGAAGACACUGAAAAUUGAAUUCUUAUCUUCCAGAGCCUAAGAUGAUUAUAAUGAACAUACUUUUACCUUUGUCUCUAAAGAACAGUUGAAUUUUGUUUGUUUACUUAUGUGCUUUGAUUACUCCCUCUAAAUUACAGGCCAAAUCUUCUUGUUUAGCCUAAGAGAAGAUCUUAUUUAGUAAUUUCUUCUCAGGCAUUGAACCAUAGUCAUUAACUAACAGGUUGGCCAGAAUAGGAUUGCUGGUUAAACACAUUUUAUUCACCAUUAAGUGAUCUUUAUCAAUAUUCUGAAUUAGACAAUAAAUUACCUUUCUGGGUGUUCCCUGUAAACUACUAUAUUCCUGUUUGAAUGUUAAACUUUUGUUCCUAAAGUUUAAGAUGUUUGAAUGUUCAGUUUAUGUAUUUGAACUACAAUAAACCAACUCUUUUUAUAUA